UAACACAAUCAUGCGCAUGCGCGGUGCCAAGAACCCCGUGCAUGUGAUUAGUUUGUAGCUGUAAAGUGUUUUAAGAUAAACCCAACUUAUACUUGUUUGGAAAUACGUAAGAUUGAUAUUUGCCACAUAUAAAUAUAUGCAUACACAUAUAGAUACAUAGAUAUAUCCAAAUCUUGUAAUUGUUUCCUUGAGAUUUCGUCAGAAGGUGUCCUUCAUUGUACCUUCCCGAGAUGCGUCUCACUGUUCGAGCUCUAAUAUCACACGGGCGCGUGGCUCGGCGAAUUGGCCUCGGCCCCGAGUCCAGAAUAAACAUGCUUCGGAAUAUCCUUACCGGACUGGUUCGGCACGAGAGGAUCGAGACUACACGAGCCCGAGCCGACGAGGUUAGAUUUUACGCUGAAAAGUUAAUUGACUAUGCCAAAAAAGGAGAUACCAACAAAAAGUCUAUGGAAAUGGCAGAUUUUUGGCUUACGGAGAAAGAUCUGAUUCCUAAGCUUUUCAGAGUACUUGCUCCAAGGUUUGAAAACCAGUCUGGUGGAUAUACACUGAUGGCCCGUAUUCCAAACAGGGAAAACCUGGAUCGUGCUGCUAUGGCUGUUCUUGAGUAUAAAGGCAACCCAUUCCCACCAUUGUUUCCUGUUAAACGUACACAUGAACUGAACCUGGUUAAUCAACUUCUAAAAGGGUACAGAGAAGAGAAAGCCAAACUGACGACUGAAACUAGGGACUCAUAGAUGAUUCCUUUAUCAUAUUAGUGUUUUGUUUUUUGUGGAAGAGAUGUAUUUUGAGACUUGCACCAAUGAAAGUACCAAUACAGCCUUUUUCUGUUGUACAAAGGUUUGCUUAUAUCAUGUCUUUAUUUAAAUGUCAUCUUUCUAGUGAAAAGAAUUAAUUGAAUAAAAAGUAUGAGAGAA